AUGCGCCUCCUCCUCUAAAGGAGAGCUGCUGAGGUCGAAUUGUAGGAUUUCUAAAGUCCUUGUCAAAAUUAGGCAAAAUGCCUUCAGACCAUGAUAAAGCAGCAUAUCCGGAGCCUCCUCGGCAGACUCCGGCUGACAACAAACAGACAGCUCUGCCAAACCCGGCUCUGAUUCUCACUAAACUCUUUUAUUACUCCGUGGACCUGCCUGUCACCACAUUUAGAGAUGCUGUUGACAGCAUGCGGGCUGGAAACAAGUCCGUCUACUACCACCAGAAGUUUCGCCGUGUUCCUGACCUGACGGAGUGCCAGGAGGGAGAUUACCUCUGCUACUAUGAGGCCGAGAUGCAGUGGAGGAGAGACUACAAAGUGGACCAGGAGAUUGUGAAGAUUGUCCAGGAGCGUAUGAGGGCCUGCCAGCAGAGAGAAGGACACAGCUACCAGCAGAACUGUGCCAAAGAAAUACAGCAGUUCAACGACGUGACCAAGAACUUCAUGUCACGCUAUGGAGACCUGGGGGCGUACGCCAGCGGCAGGAAAUGUCUAAUGAAGCAAAAAGAGCGGAUGAUGGCUGCUCAGGCUUAAGAAGAACAGUUCCCUACUAUCUGUCCUGUGUAAUAAUUGUAAAAUAAAAUGUAUGUGAUAAAUCA